GACGAACAGGCCAAGGAUCAAUCACCACAUACUCCUCCAUAUCAAAUUUUUUCGUCGGAUGCUUUCGUUCAGCAACAGAGCAGUAAUGAAGGAUCAAAUGGUCAAGAGUUUUCGGAUUCGGAUUCCACUUAUUCCAAUUUCGAUUACGAAAAAGAUAACUUACGGACAAUAGAACAAAUACAAAAUUACGAAGUUGAUAACGAAGAUGCUUACAUAAAAAGUAUUCAAUUAUCUCAGGAGGCACGAGAUGCCUCAGAUCCCGUUAAUAAGUUACCUAAAUCUGACAAGCGCCUUUUAAAGAAGUUCUGGAAUUCGGUAUUAUAUUUUGCUUACAAGCUUAACAUUUCAUGCAAUUUUACUUAUUCUUCUUCAAGUGAAACAAAGACAAUCCGUAAAGACAAAUGGGAUAAAGAUUUACAGCCUCUCUUAAAAAAAUAUCAAGCUCAUUUUGAGGGUAAAACAGUGUUCAACACAAUUUUGUUGGAUAGUGCCAUCGAGGAUGUUCUUGCAAAGCCUUAUACAGGCACUUUUAUACAUAAAGAACAUUUUGAUCUAAUAUGGAUCCAGGAUAUACACAAACGUUUUUUGUUUAUUUUUCAAGAACCUAUUAAUUCAUUGUGUGGUUCUGAACAAACUGAACUUUCAUACCGAGAAGAUUUUGUCAAUCCGAUAAUCGCAAAAGUUUUUGAUGACGUUAAGGAUCUAAUUCGAGUGAAGACGGGAGAAGUUGAAAACACAUUAAGCAAAAAUCAACGAAAUGAAACCCGGCAAUAUAAACAAAGAGUUCAAAUUGGGUGUUACCAAGACGGGAUCUAUAAAAUCAACAUAAAUGCUACUGUUUUUGAAAUAAGUUUCUUAGAAAUUGUUGGAAGUGCUAUUUAUAUCGACGUUACAAAGCUAAAAGAAGACACCGAAAAAAGUCAUAUGGAAUAA